CGUUCACGAGUGCGAUACUUUCAUGAAAGCGGUGUUUUCAAACUUGAGCAAAUGUACAAAGAUUUGAUCAACAAACCACUCGAAGCGCACUACGCUCAAGAAGAUUGCGAGGCUCUUCUUCAGGUUUGUAUGGCUUAUGGGCAAGAGUUCAUCGACUAUGUCGAUUCGAAAGCCGUCCCAUUUCCUUACAAUACCAUCGUAUCUUCCAAUAAUAAUGAUAAUUUCUCAACAACUCAUCAAUAA